AUGGAGCCUCUAAAAAACAUAUUUACACGUGGCACUUUGCCACCUUGGAAAAGCCUUGAGCAAUCACAAAAGGGAAACUUUACCAACCCAGUAUGGACAGCCUUGUUUGACUACGAAGCAUCCGGAAAAGACGAGCUCACCUUGCGCAAAGGUGAUGUUGUAGAGGUUUUGUCUCUAGACUCUGAAAUAUCCGGAGAUGAAGGCUGGUGGGCAGGCAAAGUCAACAACAAGGUGGGAAUCUUCCCUUCCAAUUAUGUCUCACUCAAGCCAAGUGGUUAUGGUAAACUUUCAAACAAUGGAGUCUCAAGUGAGCUUGGCCCGACCGUGGGGUUACAGUUUGAACCUGAUGUUGUGGAUUUCCGGGAACUUAGUUUGGAAGAGGUAAUUGGCGUUGGUGGAUUUGGAAAGGUGUACCGUGGAACGUGGCGAGGGGAGCUUGUGGCUGUCAAGGCGGCUCGGCAGGACCCAGAUGAGGACAUCAGUGUGACGGCACAAAAUGUGCGAAAUGAGGCACGUCUGUUUGCUAUGCUCACACAUUCCAACAUCAUCGUCCUUAAAGGAGUAUGCUUACAGGAACCAAACCUGUGCUUGGUUAUGGAAUAUGCGUCCGGAGGGCCGUUGAGCCGAGCUCUGUCAGGAAGACGUAUUCCGCCACAUGUGCUUGUAAACUGGGCUGUACAGAUUGCCAGAGGCAUGCUGUAUUUGCACAACGAGGCUAUAGUUCCUGUCAUUCACCGGGACCUCAAAUCAAAUAACAUACUUUUAGCACAUCCAAUAGAGAAGAAUGGCAUAGAAGGAAACACCUUGAAGAUCACAGAUUUUGGAUUGGCCAGAGAGUGGCACAAAACCACUAAGAUGAGCACAGCAGGAACCUAUGCCUGGAUGGCACCAGAAGUCAUCAAAUCUUCCACUUUUUCAAAAGGCAGUGAUGUGUGGAGUUAUGGUGUGUUAUUGUGGGAGUUACUGACUGGUGAGGCUCCAUACAGAGGGAUAGAUGGUUUAGCCGUAGCUUAUGGAGUGGCAGUAAACAAACUGACCCUGCCCAUACCAUCCACCUGUCCUGAUCCCUUCGCCCAACUUAUGUCAGAAUGUUGGGACCAGGACCCGCACCACAGGCCGAGCUUUGCCUCCAUCUUGGCGCAGCUGUGUGCACUGGAGCAGCAGGUGAUGGAGGAGAUGCCUCCAGAUUCCUUCCAUUCACUGCAGGACAACUGGAAACUGGAGAUCCAGGACAUGUUUGAUGAGCUACGUGCCAAGGAAAAGGAGCUGCUGUGUCGUGAAGAAGAACUGAAGCGUGCUGCUUUGGAGCAGAAAUCUCAUGAAGAAUUUCUUCGUCUGAGGGAGCAGCAGUUAGCACAGUGGGAGCAGGAUGUGUUCGAGAGGGAACUAUCACUCCUCAUUCUCCACCUGAACCAGAACCAGGAGAAACCUAACGUCAAGAAGCGCAAAGGAACCUUUAAAAAACACAAGCUCAAGAGUAAAAAUGGAGAGAAGAUCAGCAUGCCACAGGAUUUUAUUCAUAAGAUCACAGUGCAAGCAUCUCCUGGUUUGGAAAAGAGACGGAAUUCUCCAGAUUUGUGUUCACCAUCUAUUGGUCCUCGCUUUCGUGCAAUCCAACUGAGUCCAAGUGAGAGUAAGUGGAGCUCGGUGGGGCAGUGUGAGACACUUCCUCUUAAAAAUAAUGGAGAAAGGAGACUUACCUCCCACUGGAGACCCCAGAGCCCCAAAAGUCCCAAGAGCCCCAAAAUGCAGCGCCUUAGUCCACAUGACAGUGGUUUGUCUAUGAGAGCUCGGCUCCUGGCAUUGGACAGCAAUGAAAAUGGAGACUCCAAAGACGACUUUGAAGAGUACCGAUCCACAACACCAGAACCAUCCCAAAAUGGUUCUGGCUUAAGUAAAGAACCGUUCUGGAUGGCUCACACAGCAGAGGACUCUGAGAGUGAAGAGGGAUAUUUGUCUCCUCGAAGCUCCCCAAACCCUGACUGUCGCUCAGGUGUUCUUGUCCAUGUCAAGAGCACUCACAAGGCCCUGCUCAGUGGUGCUACCUUGCUGGCCUCUGUGGCUCUGGGUCGUCAUUUGGAACCACAGCACCCGCCUACUCCACCUCCACGAACUGCCCCAAGAACUAACGUUUCUGUUCUGGAGCUAGAGCGAGAACACCCCCCACUUGCUCUGGAGGACUUACCCACAAAUAACUCAAUAGUUGGGGACCUCAUCACUUUCAGUGUGGAUUCUUUGCCUCAAGGGUUUCUCGAUACACUGAAGCCUCUGGAAAAUAAGCCAUUAUCCCUGACCCCCCCACCUCCAAAUCCCAGAGAAAGACACCUGGAGAGAUCAGGCAGAAAGACUCCACUGCAUGGAAGUGCUGACCAGCUCGGAGGGACAGAAAUAAAAGAAAUGUUUGAAAGUGGAGACAGAGGGAGAAGUUCCAGAGCCUCACAACUAGUUUUGGAUCUACCACUGUGCCAAGACACUAUGGAAGCGGACACACAGUCUCCUGUACUUUUUGCUAAGUACCCAGACUCUUGUCCUUGGAGCCCCAAAACACAGCGUCUGGAGGUCGACAUCAUUCCACGGCCACGUCCAUCCCCUAACAGACCACGGAUCGAUCCCUGGAGCUUUAUUUCAGCUGGCGGGAAAAAAAAGUGUGGCUUACAGGUUGGCAUCUCAACUAGCAACCCGACGAGUCCACGACUAGGGUACCGACCCUCUCCUACCAACCCUUUUACAGACUGUGACCCAUUUCCAUCUCCUGACUGUGAUCCUUUUAGCCUCAAGGUGGAUCCUUCUGCAAACUCUGACCUUUCAUCACCAUUUGAUCCUUUUUGUGCUCCUUUCCAUAUGUCUCGCUCCGCACCCUGUUCGGCCAAUGGUAGUCCUAACCUGUCACUUAGGGUUGCCACACUGAACCCUGCUGACACCCCAUUUAUUGACCUGGGCUGGGCAGGAGUCAACAAGCCCAUAGAUGUUGCCAAAGAGAAAGUUUUUCCAAGGAGGACUCUGGGUCUGAGUCCCUUCAAAUCAGCAACACAACAGAAAGAUGACCGGUUUUAAGGGGAAGCCAUACAUUUACCUGUCACGUACAGCAUGAGUUUAUACCAGCAGUGAUUACUACCAUGUGGUGCUCUGGAGAUUUUGUCCGAAAAUGUAUUCAGUAUUUUUGCAAAACAAUGAAAAAAGUUAACCCAACAUCAAAUAAUUUAUAAUUAUAAUUAUAAUUUUUUCUUGCUUUUAAAAAAGGGUAGCUGAUUUGCAUUUAUACAAUGUGCCUUUAUGUCAAAUCAAGUGAAUAAUU